CAUCUGUUCCGAGCCGAGAGGAGAGCGGCGGCAGCGUCUCUGCCCUUUUCACUGUAACAUUACUGUAUGAGAGACUGGACCGACAAACAACUCCUGCUGUACGGCGUAGAUAGAUUAUACAGACGUAUUUUAUAAUAAUAGUAGGUUAGCUUUGUAUUUGGCAGGGGCUUCAGCUCGUCACAAUGACGGCCCUGUCGCUGCUUUUGAUGGCCGUGUCGGCCGCCUCUGUACUGGCCGAGUCCUCUGUGUACUGGCGAGAACAGUUUGAAGAUGGAGAUACCUGGAAGAGUCGCUGGGUGGAAUCCAAGCACAAGUCAGACUAUGGCAAGUUUGUCCUGACUGCAGGAAAGUUCUAUGGAGAUGCAGAGAAAGACAAAGGUCUGCAGACGAGCCAGGACGCCCGCUUCUACGCCUUGUCAUCCCGUUUUGAUGACUUCAGCAACCAGGGCCAGACUCUAGUCAUCCAGUUCACUGUGAAACACGAGCAGAGCAUAGACUGUGGUGGAGGCUACAUUAAACUGUUCCCCUCUGACCUCAACCAGGAGGACAUGCAUGGAGACUCCGUCUACAACAUCAUGUUUGGUCCUGAUAUUUGUGGCCCUGGCACAAAGAAGGUUCACGUCAUCUUCAACUACAAAGGCAAGAACCAUCUGAUUAACAAGGACAUCAGAUGCAAGGAUGAUGAGUACACCCACUUGUACACACUGAUAGUCAACCCUGACAACACUUACGAGGUCAAGAUUGACAAUAAGAAGGUCGAGUCCGGCAAUCUGGAGGAUGACUGGGACUUCCUGCCUCCCAAAAAAAUUAAGGACCCUGAAGCCAAAAAGCCAGAGGACUGGGAUGACCGGGAGAAGAUUCCCGACCCUGACGACAAGAAACCAGAGGACUGGGACAAACCUGAGAACAUCCCUGAUCCUGACGCUAAGAAGCCCGAUGACUGGGAUGAGGAGAUGGACGGAGAGUGGGAGCCGCCUAUGGUUGCUAACCCUGACUACAAGGGUGAGUGGAAGCCCAGCGAGAUCAACAAUCCUGCCUACAAAGGCAAGUGGGUCCACCCUGAGAUUGACAACCCGGAGUACACAGCUGAUUCUGAGAUCUAUAAAUACGACAGCUUCGGCGUGAUUGGACUAGACUUGUGGCAGGUCAAGUCUGGUACUAUCUUUGAUAACUUCCUGAUCACCAAUGACCCAAAACUGGCAGAGGAAGUAGGCAACGACACAUGGGGUAAAACUAAGGACACAGAGAAGAAGAUGAAGGAAAGCCAAGAGGAGGAAGAGAGAAAGAAACGUGAGGAGGAGGACAAGAUGAGGAGAGAAGAGGCGAAGGAGGAGGAGGAAGAGGAGAAAGAUGAGGAGGAGGAAGAUGAAGAUGAAGAAGAAGAGGAGGAGGGGGAAGAAGAAGAGGACGACGACGGCACAGACUCUAAACUCAAGGAUGAGUUAUAAACUCCAUGUGGGAACUGCUCAGAAAAUAACCCGACUGUGUCAAUGAGCCAUUGGAACAAGGCUGGAGACUGAGAUGAUAGACCCUCAUGACUGACACCCUGGGCUGGGGGUUGGGUGGGAUGGGGUUUUUCAUUUCUUUGUUUGUUUACAAAGUAAGGCAGUAGGUGAAAAAGGGCAAUUAUUGUUCUGUUUCCAUGUGCUACUACUACUACUACUACUACUAUUAUUAUUGUUAUUAAUAUUAAACGAGGAAUAGUGAUAGACAAAAUGAAGAUGUAACGAAUGUCAAGACAGGAAAUCAUAAAACAAAAUAGUUUCGCAGUUUAUACUCAACAGAAAUUUAUAAAUUGUCCUUUUGUGUUCUGCAAAAACUUUUUUUUUAAUGAAGUAUGUUGUGACAUGAAAUGCUAUAUUUGGUAUGUGGAUGAAACCACAAAUGUUUUUGUUUACCUCAUGUGUUUUGAUUGUCUUAUUAAUCUGUGUGACAUGUUUUUUUUUCGUGUUUGUUUUUGCUAUCUUUUGCAGUCAUUCAAGUCACUCACAGGUCCUCUUUUUUUUUUAAAAGCUAUGUCAAUCUCAAAGGAUUCAACAGGUUAGACAUUGUUAUGCAGGGUGCCUGCUCUGAUUCAAACAAGAGUGCAUCAAGACUGACUGUAUAUCUGAUAACCUACUCAAAAAGGCCGUUGUCCAUUGGGUGGUAAUACGGCGCUUUACGGUGAAUCGCUUGCAUAGUUUUGUACUGUAUAGUUAACACUUUUUCACUUCAGUACACAUACAGUAGUCUCGUGUGUCUAAAUAUGCUGUGCUCAAACUCCGAUGUACAUUAGGGGCACUCAGUAGCAGGAAAGCUUCCAUUCAUUUGGUACGCGUUCACUUUAGAUUUACUCGUAGUCGAUGUACACAACCUGUUUCCUCAUUUCUGAUGCUAAUAUCUCUGCACUGCUGAACCCCAAACCCCUGUCCCAAACAGCCUGAAAGAUGAUCCUUUUGUAAAAGACACAUUUUGUACUAAUGGUAGUAAUUGAAGUGGGAAGGUUUUCAUGUUGCUGUGUAAAAAAAAAAAACAAAAAAAAAACAACAACCCCCAAAAGACAGGGGUUCUGUCCAAUUAAAAACAACCAGAAAUACAAUGAGCA